CACUGCUGUAGCAAAGACUUUCUUCAAAGUUGAAGGAACGCGCCUCGUAUCGUUUUAAGUUUCAUAAGUAGAUCGCGACAGGCAGUGACUGUGAUGUGAUAUAGUGCAGUGGUGCAGCAGUAUAGACGCACUCAGAUCGUGGAUUAUUUUACGAAAUGGUUUUCUACAAAUUAUGGUUAAUAUUCGUUAUCUGCUGCAUAUUACUUGCCUUGACCACAUGUGAAGACAAUGAUCCUGCCCUCGACACCAGCGAUUGGAUUCCAAUAGUACCAGAUAAUACCAAAGCAAAGGCUAGAGAAAACACAUCAUCUGAUAGAAUAUUGAAUAUAGACUCAUCAGGCGAUGAAUUUUUGGUUGAUGAAAAAUUGGCAGUAAAAAAAUCCUACAAUGCGCCAUAUAAACUAAGAAAAAACUCUCAUAUCAAAAGAUCACCGAAUCAGAGAACAAGAAUUAAAUUGGAGCAACCUUAUAGAUACGAAAACAUUCUUUCACCUCCGCCGAAACAACAACUCAGAGCUUUUCAACAGAAGAGUCCAUACCAACAAUCAUUUGACUUUCAACCUCAAUAUCAGUUGAACCUUCCAAAGCCUAGUCAUAUUGUUACUCAAGAUGCUUACCAACAGUUUCCUCUUCCUUCGAAUCCCUCAAUUUACAACCCAACGAACCUUCAAAAUAUACCCAAAUAUUCGUCUGCUCAACUCGGAAUACAAUAUCAGCAGCCUAAUAUUGUUCAUCAAGUAACUCUCUCCAAUGAUAGCAUUUUCCAACAAUCUGCUCCUGGCUCUAUAAAGCAGGGAUUAUUUGAAAACACUCUAAGCAAGAAUGUCAAUCAGAACAUUGAGGCCUCUACCCAAUUACCCCCAGUAAUUAAAGAUACUGUACAGUUGUUGUACGUGCCUCUAGAACAACUUCAACAAAAACAAGGUAUAAAUUCGGGUAUUUUAGACGAAGCUUUCAAAUCACUGCAACAACAAAAACUUGUAGCUCGACCUCCAACGAUUGAUUCAAAGUCCGAACAGCCUGAGUCAGCCAAAUUAUUUACACAACAGGGUUUCUCUCAACACAAUGUGAAACAACAACAACAGUAUUCUAUAAAACAUGAUCAACCAAUAACAAAAGGGAAUGAAGAAAAUAGACAACAACAAUAUUAUGUCAUUCAAAACGCACCUCUACAGAAUCAAGGAGAGGAACCACGGUAUUACGAGUUACUUUCAAAGAAUCGCGGUGAGUUAAUUCUCCAAAACAAUCCUAGAAUUGUGGAGGUGUCCAAUAAACAAGAGUACCAAGUACAAGCUGAAAAACAACAUAUUGUCGAAUUAACAUCUCCACAACCAAUAUCUAGUCAUCUGAAAAACCAGGAGGGGCAAUUUAGGGAAACCAAAAUUCAAAAUACACGGAAUAACUUAUACAACAAAGAACCUAUCGAGGAACAAUCAUUCAUUGUCCAGAAUCAAGUGUCACAACCUUUUCCAGUAGAAUCUUCAAAACUUCAAUCAUCAUAUAGUGUCCAAAACCAAUAUGAAAAACCUAUCAAUAAUAAUUACUAUCACAGUGAUUUCAAAACUACUGAUCAGCAACUGGGUCUUUCGAGCAUUCAUAAGGAUAUUUCACAACAAAAUUUGAAAGUAAAAGAUUCACAGAAGCAUAUCCAGCAAGGCAAAUCUAUCGAUUUCAAAGAAAAAAAUAUUUCCCACCCACCGAAAACUAGAAAACCUCAUCAGCCUCCCUUAGCUGUUUAUAUGGAAGGAAACUCGGCAGCUGAUGUAGAAGCUGUUUUAGGAACACUAAAAAACGCAAAAUCAAUUGCCGUUCAAGAUCAAUUCCGACCAAAUUCACCCCAAGUUUUUAUAGGUCCCUCAAAUCUAAUUGUACCUGAAGGUUUUGCUAAAUUUCCUUUGCCGUAUCUUUCAAACCUUGACAAUAAUAGAAUUCAGAGGAAGGCUCAACAAUUUCCAUUUUUUGUUGCUCCUAUCAACUAUAAAGAACCAGAAGGUUAUUCCAAAAUUCCUCUACCAUCCCCACAUAUAGGCUCUGUUGUUAUUUCGCAAUUCAAUCAAAAGCAGAUUCCGAAUUAUAGAGAUAAUAGACCAGUAGCAAUAACAAAUUAUAAAUUUGUGAACCCUGCAUUCGAAUCUGUUAUAGAAAAUAAUUCAAACUUCGAUGAGAAUUUGAAUGCUUAUAGUUUAGAUAACGGCAACCCUAGAGAUAAUACGCAAAAAUACUUGAAAGAAAAAACUCUACUUCAACAGAUAACAGGGUUCUCCGGAUCCGACUUUCCUCAACAACAAUAUAAUGCAGAAGAAAUACUUAAUGGAUUCAAUCGAGAACAAGAAACGUUUUCCCUUAAACCUCACUCAAAUCAGGGUCAGUAUUUGGAGGAAGUAUAUCAAAAACCAGAAUCAGGUACCAUUGAGGAAAUACAUCAGGAAACCCCACCCGAAAUCGUUUCUCCUUCCCCUAAUAAACAUAUAACACGAAAAGAACGAGUCAGGGGUAGUAAGAAAAGUAGUAAAAAUCGAGAAGAAACAAGUAUUCCUGAAAAUUCUGAAAAAAAAACUGAGGCCAAAGUCUUAAAUUCUGAAAAUAUAAUUCCUGAAAUUCCAACCCCAAAUAUCGUUCAGGCUCCAGAAAAAGUAGAGAUAUCAUCCCAAAACCCCGUAAAUCAAGAUUUCUUCAAUAGAUUCUCUUCAAAUAAUAAUUUCAAUUUCAAUUACGUCUCCUCUACUCCUGGCUACGCUAUACCAACUCAAAAUAUCUUUGAUGAAUCACCAGCUAACGUAAGAAAACUCAUUCCCAAUACCAAUAAUAAUUCACCUGAUGGAAGUAAUUCUCAAGCAAUAGAUGCUCAAUUCGAGCAAUCUAUUCAGAGUUUACAAAAAAAUAAAAAUAAAGACAUUCCUCAUCAAGAAGAAGAGAGGAUACAUAUAUACAAUCAAUAUGAGCAAUUCGAACUUCCUCCACAAUUAACAGAUAUCAAUCCAAAUUUACCUGGUCUAAUUAACGGGUUGCAGCACCAAAAUCAAUUUACCACUCUAAGGAAUGAAACAGAAUUACCUAUUUCGACAACUCCAUCAGUUACCACCCAAUAUUCAAUUAGAACAACAGAUUUGAUAACACCAACUUCUACUACAACCAAACGUCCAAGGGGAAGAGGAAGAAGUAGAUUCAAUAUGAGAACCACUACUUCAGCUCCGUAUAGAAGAUCUUGUGGAGACAGAAGAAGACCUUGCAAAACAAGCGUUCCAUCUACUAGUGAAACAACAUCUGAUAAGUCUUUUAGUACUAAUAAGUAUCAACCAAUAGAAAAUCAAAGGAUAAAGCCUAGAACAAGACUGCAAAAUACAAUGACAGAUAGGGUUGCUGAUGGAAGUAUCGAAUCGACUUCUCCUUCCCAGCAAUUUUUGCAACCUAGCGCUGUUAUCAACGAAAAUUCUGAGUUGAAAGAUAAUGAUCAAAGAACAAAAACCAUUGGAUUUGUUGAACAAUACCAAAUACAAAAGGUAACCAAACCUGAUGAACUAUCACUACAGGAGAAAGAACACUCAACAUUACGGCAAAUUCCUAUUAUAAAGCCAGACAUAUCGAAACAAGUGAAUGAAGGAGUGACCCAAAAACCCACAGAAACUGAAAGAACUACAAGAAGGAGAGUGAGAGUACGUGGACGUCCCACGAAUAAAUAUGUGUCCACGACUGUUGCACCAAGAUUUUCUUCUACUCCCGAAAACGAGCAAGCUGAGUUUUAUGGAUUUAUACGACAACCAAAUUUCUCUAAAAGUUCUCAAAUAAGCAGUAACAUUAGGAAUGAUGAAGAAAAUAUACAUAUUUACGCACCAACUCAAGAGAGAAUUUCCUUUUCUAAUCAGCAAACUGAUGAACCACUUGGACCAUCGAGUCCAAUACCCGACACACAAGCCCCUCAUUUUAUAGGAGAGCUGAGAUCAAAAUAUACAUCUCCUCCAAGAGCUUCCACUACGCAAUUACCUUCGUCCUUACCAAAAAGAAUGAUUGGUAGCAGGGUAAAAGUUCCCGGUAGAAAUUACGAAAGCAGAAGUAAGACAACAGAUAAUACACCGACUGAAAAAAGUACCAGAAUUCGAACCAGAGGUCGUACUCAUUUCACAUCGUCCAGAAAUAUAAGACAGGAAACAGAUAAUGAGGAAACUGAAAACUACCCAGCACCUUUUCUGAAAAAUAAAGAAGCAGCUACCACGCCCAGUAGUUCAGAAUUCAAGAUAACUGUGAGUAUGGAUGAUGAUAAAGAAGAUCAAAUUUCUAACCCUGCUAUCAACAUUACUGAAAUAAAUCGACAAGCAAUUGAACUUUCACAAAACCCACUCACAAUACAGGAGGACACAAAAAAUCCUUCACACGACGAUGAAUAUGAGGAAACAGGUGGACAAGUGGAUAUAGUAUCAUUUCGUGAUAUGAUAAGACAUGGAAAUGCGAAGCAAAACGGUUUCAGAGUUGUGAAUUUUGAUCAAUUCGAUACUGCGGAGUCACAAAACUACAGAAGCUUGUUCAACACUUUAGAUAGUCCUCACAAAGUAAAUGAUUUGAAAUCGAAAGAAAUAGAAGAUAGUUCAACAUUAUCAUCUAUAGAUGCAAAGCUGUCUGAAGAAAUAGAAGAAACUUCGACAGUUAUUCCGGAAUACACAUCUGAUAAAUCAGAAAACUUUUUCACUACUACAGAAAUUUCAAAAUUGCAAAGUACAUCACUUGAAGACAUUAGCUCCACAAUUUUAAAUUCUCUUGAGGAGACAGUAGGAGAUGCAACAAUUGUUCCUGUUUCUAUAACGACAGAACCAAAAAUAGCAGUAACUACAGAAGAUAUACGAGAAACUCAGAAUAUGUCUUCUACGCAAUCGGUGGAUCUGGAAAUAACAUCCACUAUGAAUACUGAUGAAUUGGAAACAAAUACCACCGUUCAAACGAAAUCAUCUGAACAAACUCCUAUAGAUCUGCUCAACCUUCAAACAUCAACAUCCACAGAAGUAUCGCAUGAGACUGAAAUAUGUUAUAAGGGCAAGUGUGUAAAAUCGAAAAACAGAAAAUUCAGAAAGAGAUUAUUGCGUAAAAAAGUCAAUGAGUCAAACCUCUGAAGUGUGAAAAAUUGUGAAUGUUAUGUGAUAUAGCGAACUACUUCGUAUCAUGUUAACUCAGUGGAAUAACAUCGAAUGUAUGUGUUGUUUGAACAGUACCUAUGACACGAAUAUUUAACUGAUUGUAGCGAAUGUUUGUGAAUGUGGUGAACCAAAAAAAUUAUUAUUUUAU